CGUGGUCAGGCUGCGUGCGCGCGCGCGCGCAGGGCCCACGUGUGGUCCCCUGCCCCACUAGGUGCUUCUCUGUUCCGUCCAGCCCGGCCAUGGGCUCCGGCCUGGCUGCGGGUUCGGUGCGGGCGCGCUACCUCGUGUAUUUCCAGUACUUGGGCACCGACUUUAACGGGGUCGCGGCCGUCAGGGGCGCCCAGCGCGCCGCCGGGGUUCAGAACUACCUGGAGGAGGCCGCGGAGGGGCUGAAAUCGGCUGUGCCAGUGAAGUUCACCAUCUCCAGCCGCACGGAUGCUGGGGUCCACGCCCUGAGCAACGCGGCGCACCUGGACGUCCAGCGCCGCUCAGGCCAGGCACCCUUCUCCCCUGAGGUCCUGACGCAGGCCCUCAACACCCACCUGAAGCACCCCGCCAUCCGGGUCCUGAAGGCCUUCCGUGUGCCCAGUGACUUCCACGCCCGCUACUCUGCCACAUCCAGGACCUACCUGUACCGCCUGGCCACCGGCUGCCCCCCGCACAGCCCGCUGUCUGUGUUUGAGCAGAACCGAUGCUGGGCGCUGCCGGCAGACAGCUUGGACGUGGCCGCCAUGCAGGAGGCGGCCCACCACCUCCUGGGGACGCACGACUUCAGCGCCUUCCAGUCGGCCGGCAGCCCGUCCCCCAGCUCCGUGCGCACGCUGCGCCGAGCUUCCGUGACCCCCGGCCCAGCCAGCCCCUUCCUCCUCCCCCAGGAGAGCAGGCAUCAAUCUGGGCUGGGGCUGCCCUGUGGCCUGGACGUCACAGGUGCCCAUGUCCCUAGGAGGCUACGGUUCUGGAGCCUGGAGUUUGAGAGCCAGUCUUUCCUGUACAGACAGGUGCGGAGGAUGACGGCGAUCCUGGUGGCCGUGGGGCUGGGGACUGUGACGCCUGCUCAGGUGAAGGCGAUUCUCGAGAGCCGGGACCCCCUGGGAAAGCAUCAGACGCGUGUGGCCCCGGCCCACGGCCUGUUCCUGAAGUCGGUGCGCUACGGGGGCCUCGAGGACCUCGAAGCCGGGAGUCCAGCCUGUGCCCAGCGGGAAUGCCAGGGCCCACCGGCCGGGGCAGCCUGAAGACUUAAGGCCAGAGACCAGGGGCCCGAAGGCAGGCGGCCUGGGGUGAGGUGCCUGUGUCCCUCAGGCCCACCCCCCUCAAGUUCCCAAGGGGACAUGGAGGUGGGGGGGGGCACCUCUGAAAGUGAGCAGGGGGUCUGCAACCCCUGCGGGGACCCUCCUGCCCCCAGUUGACCUAGAAUCUGUCUACAGGUCCUGCUUCCAGCGUUCCCCAAGCUUCUGGCCUCACGUGGUUGGCAGGGCCCACAGCACUGAGGCCGCAGGUGACCCCCAGGUGCCCAGCCACGGUCAGGGCACGCCUGGCUCACCAGG